CUCGCUCGGGCAGAAAGGAAAAAAUCGGAGGGAAGCGGGGGUGGGGGUGGGGGGAACCGGCAGCGCGGACCUGAGCAGAUUCCGCCUCUUCUCACCAUCACCCCCCGGCCCGGCCCCCCCCCCCCCCACCCCGCGGGGAAGCUGGAGCAGGGAGGCACCGACAGUCUCCUCCCGCAUGUCCAGGGCGAGACCCGACCCCCCCCCACCCCGCCCCCGCCAACAUUUUUUUUUUUUUUUUUUUUUGCCAACGUCUAUCUCAACGCGCGCGCACUUACGGAGAUUGUGCGGCUUUUUCCCACUUGGGAGAAAAAACGAGGAGAGUAAAAGAGAGGGCAAAGAGAGGACUCCUCCUCAGCGGGCUCUGCACUCUGUGUUGCAGCCGGGCGCGGGGACGCGGCCGCCACCCGCCCGCUUUCUUCCGGCCCUGCGGCUGGUGCCAGUGGGAGAGCGAGCUAGAGCACCCGCACCGUUGCGAGACUUUUCGGCGCUCGAACGGACACCGCCACCGCCGCAGUAGUAAGAAGAGCCAGGGGCGAGAAGAGCACUGCCAGUGCUUCGCCUUUCUCUCACGGCGCCCCGCGACCCACCGGCCCGCGCAGGCAGGCACAGAGAGGGAGGGCGAAGCGAGGAGGCGGGCGGAGCAGAGGCCGGGCGAAGCGCGCAGCGGCCGGCCCGCCCGCCGGUGGAUGGAUGCGGCGCCCCGCGAGCCUCGAAACAACUUUGCCGUGUGACGCGCCGGGAGGACUGCAGGGCCCGCGGCCGGGGGUUCCGCGUCGCCUCUGAGCGGAUCCGCGCUCCCUGCACUGCGUUCGCUCCGCUCCGCCGCCCGCGGCGAGGACGACCCGCCCGCGGCCGCCACCCAAGGCUCUGCCUCCGUGCGAAGCGGCGCUCAGGUGCGAGUGUGGGGCCCCCGCCGCAGAGCCCGCCGCAGCGCCUCGCCGAGCCGCGCCCGGCUGCACUCCGGGGGCUUUAGCGCCUUCGCUUCCGUCUCGGCCAAGUUGCGUCGACCGGCCCUUUCGCCACCUUCCCCUCCCGGCAGCCAAGCCGCCGCCGCCUCCGCUUUCGCUUCAUCCGAGCGGGGACUGCGGGGCCCCGACGCGGAGAAGAUGGGGAGAAGGCUGCAGAUACUCAGGCGCCCCGAGACGCCCGGACAGCAGUGACCCUCCAGCUCCCGCCUCGCCCCACUUGCCUCUCCGGCCCCCGCGGCCCUCGGCGCCCCUUCCCCUCGGAGCAGAAACCCCGCAGCCCCGCCGGCCCCCUCCCUCUGUGAGCCGGCGGCGGCGGCCCUCCCGGCAGGCGGGCGGAGGCCCGGGCGGGCGGGGGCGGGGAGGGGCGGCGCGCCCAGAGCCCGGAGCCCGGCCCUGCGCUCCGCUCGGCUCGCCUCGCGGCGGGCGCCCUCGUCGCCAGCGGCGCACCAUGGACGGGCUGCCCGGUCGGGCGCUGAGGGCCGCCUGCCUUUUGCUGUUGGCAGCCGGCUGGCUGGGGCCGGAGGCUUGGGGCUCGCCCACGCCCCCGCCAUCCCCCGCCGCGCCGCCGCCGCCCCCGCCGCCCGGAGCUCCAGGCGACUCGCAGGACACCUGCACGUCGUGCGGUGGCUUCCGGCGGCCGGAGGAGCUGGGCCGGGUGGACGGCGACUUCCUGGAGGCGGUGAAGCGGCACAUCUUGAGCCGCCUGCAGAUGCGAGGCCGGCCCAACAUCACCCACGCUGUGCCCAAGGCCGCCAUGGUCACGGCUCUGCGAAAGCUGCACGCUGGCAAGGUGCGCGAGGACGGCCGUGUGGAGAUCCCGCACCUCGACGGCCAUGCCAGCCCGGGCGCCGACGGCCAGGAUCGCAUCUCUGAGAUCAUCAGCUUUGCUGAGACAGAUGGCCUCGCCUCCUCCCGUGUCCGCCUCUACUUUUUCAUCUCCAAUGAAGGCAACCAGAACCUGUUUGUGGUACAGGCCAGCCUGUGGCUUUACCUGAAGCUGCUGCCUUAUGUUCUGGAGAAGGGCAGUCGGCGGAAGGUUCGGGUCAAGGUGUACUACCAGGAGCAGGGGCAUGGAGAUCGGUGGAAUGUAGUAGAGAAGAAGGUGGACCUCAAACGCAGUGGCUGGCACACGUUCCCACUCACAGAGGCCAUCCAGGCUUUGUUUGAGCGGGGGGAGAGGCGACUCAACCUGGACGUGCAGUGUGACAGCUGCCAGGAGCUGGCUGUGGUGCCCGUGUUCGUGGACCCUGGCGAGGAGUCGCACCGGCCCUUUGUGGUUGUGCAGGCGCGGCUGGGUGACAGUAGGCACCGCAUUCGCAAGCGGGGUCUGGAGUGUGAUGGCCGGACCAAUCUCUGUUGCAGGCAACAGUUCUUCAUUGACUUCCGCCUCAUCGGCUGGAACGACUGGAUCAUCGCACCCACCGGCUACUAUGGGAACUACUGUGAGGGCAGCUGCCCGGCUUACCUAGCAGGGGUCCCAGGCUCAGCCUCUUCCUUUCACACAGCUGUGGUGAAUCAGUACCGCAUGCGGGGGCUGAAUCCUGGCACGGUGAACUCCUGCUGCAUCCCCACUAAGCUGAGCACCAUGUCCAUGCUUUACUUUGAUGACGAGUACAACAUUGUCAAGCGGGACGUGCCCAACAUGAUUGUGGAGGAAUGUGGCUGUGCCUGAUGCAGCAGGGCUGUGGUGGUGGGGUGUCAGGACAGUCCUGGAUGGGCUUUCUUUGCAGCCCCUGUGGGAAGUGGGUGUGUGGCGGGCUGAGUGCUGUUGUUCAUUUGGGCUGCCCAGAAGGUGCCAGGGUGAAGCCUGAAAUAUUUUUCUACUACUUUAUCCAGCAAUCAGUCAAAAGCAGAGCAAGAACCCUCAACUGACAUGAAAUACUUUAAAAUGCACACGUAGACACGCACAGCCAGACGCAUCCUGCCACCCACACAGCAGCCUCCAGGAUACCAGCAAAUGGAUGCAGUGACAAAUGGCAGCUUAGCUACAAAUGCCUGUCAGUUGGAGAGAAUGGGGUGAGCAGCCACCAUUCCCACCAGCUGGCCUGGCCACUCUGAAUCACGCCUUCGGAGCACACAUAAAAGCACAAAGACAGACAAACACACAGAGUGAGCGUGCACCGGAGCCACUGAGAGGAAAGCAGAUGUGGGGGUGGGGAAUGUGUGGGCAGGCUGAGGGCUGUGUGGUGCCCUUUGCUUGUGCAAGGCCUGCUGUGCUUCAGCAUCUCCUCGCUCAAACCUGUCGGCAUCUUCCCCUGCCUGGAUCCUUUGUGCUGUGGGACCAGGGGAGCCUGUCCUUUCUCUCCCAGAGAGGGAAGGCGUCCAUAAAGUGCACGACCUGCCAGAGUCUGUGGAGCAGUGGCAGUGACCCUUUGACUGUGGCUUUGGCCCUUGGCGUGACUUAUAUGUGUGUUUGUUUUUGGAGUGGGGAGGGAGGGAGAGAAGAAGGGUCUUAAUUUGAUGCUUUAACUGAUUGCUAGCAGUUGACAGGUUAUUCAUUCCAGUUGCAUUAAUUGAAAAGGGACUUUUCUACCAGGUAGGACUUUGUAAGUUAAAAUCUGGAUUGUUUUAAAUGGAAAGAAGAAAAAGUUGCAAUCUGUUUCCUCUAGGACUGGUUGGAGAGGAGUGGAAAUGACCCCUGGGGCAAAGGGACGAUGAGCCCAGAGGAGGAAAUGGUGGGGUGGAGGCUUUCUGGAAAUUCUGGGUGGUAGGGGGAGACAGGGUGCCCCUUCAGCAGGGGGCAAGGGAGAGGGAGCAGCUUAGCUGCUCUUGGAGAGAUGGGGAAGGCUUUUGGCUGCUUUCCAGAAGUUGCCAGGGCAUGUGGGCCCUAGUCCCCAGGGCUGACCAUGGACCUGGUCCCCAUCCGCUCGCCCGCCCACCCGCCAGCCAGCCCCUCCUAGCACUUGCAGACCUGCCCGAACGCACAUGAUAUAGCACUUGCCCAUCUGCGUGUGUCAGAAGUGGCUAUUGGCAGAGCAUUGAACUUGCUCACCCUGAGGUGUCCAAGUGCCAUGUGAACUAUGCAAUUUAAAGGGUUGACCCACACUAGACAAAACUGGACUUGUACGACUCUUUUUAUAUUUUUAUACUUGAAGUGAAAUCCUUUGCUUCUUUUUAAAGCGAAUGAUUGCUUUUAAUGUUUGCACUGAUUUAGUUGCAUGAUUAGUCAGAAACUGCCAUUUGAAAAAAGAAGUUAUUUUUAUAGCAGCAAAAAAAAUACAGUUAAAUGUAUUAUACAUAAUUUUGGAACCAAAGAGGCCAAUGGAUCAGUUUUAAUUUUUAUUAGAUGGUGAGGCCAUCUUAUAUGAGGUAGACGCUCUGAACAAUCCCUUGAGUGGCCUGCCAGUGUUUCAGGGUAUAAAUGGAUUUUCUUUAUUCAGUUUGAUGAGUCUUUUCUAUUCUCACACACCCAGACGGUAGAGUAAAAAUGACUGGUAGAAUGCAGGUGUGUAUCCUUCAAUCCCCAUGUUUGUGUUUAUUUAAUAAAGCUCCCUUUAGGUUCUGUUUCAUAAUAAUUUAAAACCAAACGAUUUUCCCAUAGACUUGCUGUUAAAGUAUUUUACAUUUGUGUACAGUUUAAGAAAAUAAAAGAUUGAGUGUCACAGGC